GUCUUUUCCGCCCUGAAGCGUCUGUUGUUUCAACGCGGAAAAUUGGUAAAUGAUGGCAGCAAAUAAUUAUUUUGGGUUUACUCAUGGAGGAACCCAAUACGGCGCGGCAACCGCUGGAGCAGCAUACGGUGGGCAAACAGGCUACGCGGUAGCCCCUGCGGCGACAGCCGCAACUUACGGAACUCAGCGCGCCGCUGCUACAGGUUACGAUACUGCGUAUCAAGCCGCGGCCGCCACUCAAGCAGCGGCUCACGCGCACGCGCACGCGGCGGCGGCGGCGGCGUCCGCCUACGACGCGUCCAAGUCGGCGUACUACCAGCAGGCCGCCGCCGCCUACCCCGCCGCGCCGCCGCAGCAGCCCGCCUACGACACCGGCGCCAAGCCCGCCUACUCCACGCCCGCUACCUACGCUCAGGUGCAUACGCAGGGCGGAGCGCGGGCCGGGGGCGGCGCGAAGGCCUACGGCGGCGUGUAUACGCACACGCAUUCUCACGCGCACACCGCUACCACUCCCGCCACUACCUAUCCCGCGCAGCCUUACUCGGCGCCCGCUACGCAGACCGCUAAACAGACUACAAACCGCGGGAACACAGCGUACGACACGGCGCUGUACAACGCAGCAACCAUGUACGUUGCGCAGCAGAAUAAGACCGGUGGCGGAGGGAGCGGCUGGAAGAACUACAACAAGAGCGGCGUGGGCGCCGGCCAGCAGCGCCGGCCCAAGCCGCCGCCCAAGGCGCAGCAGCUGCACUACUGCGACGUGUGCCGCAUCUCCUGCGCUGGCCCGCAAACGUACAAGGAGCACCUGGAAGGCCAGAAGCACAAGAAGAAGGAAGCGGCCGUCAAACUAGCCGCAGCGGGCGCGGCGGCGGCGGGCGGGCGCGCGGCCGGCGCUUCAGCGCUUCGCUGCGAGCUGUGUGACGUCACGUGCACGGGCGCCGACGCGUACGCAGCGCACGUGCGCGGCAUCAAGCACCAGAAGGUCGUCAAGCUGCACACCAUGCUCGGCAAGCCCAUACCCUCCACGGAGCCCACCAAGCUCGGCGCUAAAAACACGGUCGCGGGGACGACCGGGAUUGCGUUCGUGGCGUCUGGGGGGCUCAGUACGGUGGCGCGCGCAGGCGACGACGAGCACGACGAGCCCGAGCCCGAGCCCGAGGUGCAGCCCGUGGGGCAGGACUACAUCGAGGAGGUGCGCGGCGACGACGGCAAGGCGCUCUCCUUCAACUGCAAGCUCUGCGACUGCAAGUUCAACGACCCCAACGCCAAGGAGAUGCACAUGAAGGGCCGCCGCCACCGCCUGCAGUACAAGAAGAAGGUGCAACCGGACCUGGAGGUGAAGGUGAAGCCGUCGAUGCACCAGCGCAAGCUGGCGGAGGCCAAGGCGCAGCGCAUGAUGGUGCGCGACGAGCUGUGGGCGCGCCGCCGCAUGCACGACGGCAUGGAGGAGGAGGAGCGCGGCUACUGGGACGGCGGCGCCGAGCCCUGGUGGCCGCGCGGCCCGCUGCCGCCGCACCACCACCACCACCACCACCACGGCAUGGGCAUGCCUUACGGGCCAGUGGGCAGGCGGCCGGAGACGUCGGACGACCGCCACGUGCUGGCCAAGCACGCCGACAUCUACCCGCCGGAGCCGCAGCUGCAGGACAUCCAGCGUGCCGUGUCGCACACCGAGAAGGCGCUCAAGUCGCUCUCCGACGCGCUCGCCGACCAGGCCAAGCCCAAGGCCCAGACACCUGCCAAAGCCCAGGUCAAGACCGAAGAGAAGAAAGAUGACAAGCCCGAAGGAAAAGAAGACGGCCGCGAUAACCAAUUGUUCUCGUUCAUGGGCGAGGGCGAGGGCGCGGGCGCUUCCGAGGGCGGGCGCGCGCUGAAGGGCGUGAUGCGCGUCGGGCUGCUGGCCAAGGGGCUGCUGCUGGCCGGCGACGCGCGCGUGCGCCUCGUGGUGCUGUGCCACGCGCGCCCCACCGUCACGCUGCUCAAGCGCGUCGCCGCCGACCUGCCGCUCCACCUGCAGCGCGCCAGGGGCCCCGGCGAGGAGCCGAAGUACAAGGUGGAGCUGCUCCCGGCCGAGGGCGCCGUGCAAGUGUCGGACGGCACCGUGAGCGUGCUGGUGUCGCUGACGUCAGCCGUCAUGCGCGAGCCCGCAGAGGGCGGCGACAUAAAGCGAGACGACAAGGAUGUGCUACCGCGGCAGAAGUGUUUGGACGCGUUGGCCGCCCUUCGGCACGCCAAGUGGUUCCAGGCUAGGGCGGCCACGCUGCAGUCGUGCGUGAUCAUCAUUCGCGUCAUGCGGGACCUGUGCCGCCGGAUACCCAACUGGACGCCGCUCAACCCAUACGCGAUGGAGCUGCUGGUGGCGGGCGUGCUGUCGUCUGCGGGCGCGGCGCUGUCGGCGGGCGAGGCGCUGCGCCGCGUCAUGGAGGCCGUGGCGGGCGGCCUGCUGCUGGAGCACGGGCCCGGCCUGCGCGACCCCUGCGAGAAGGAGCUCGUGGAUGCUAUUGGUAACUUGCCACCACAGAAGCGUGAAGACUUAACUGCGUCUGCACAACAAUUCCUGAGACAAAUUGCUUUCAGGCAAAUUCACAAGGUGUUGGACAUGGAGCCGCUGCCGAAGCUGAAGCACGCGGCGGGCGGCUGGAAGUUCCCGCGCAAGCGCCGCCGCUCCAACACCGACCCUGACCCAGACACGCCCAAUGGCGAAGGCAAGGUGGUGAAGACGGAAGAGAAGAUGGACGCCACGGACUCAAGCGGCAAGAAGUAACGCGGCGAGCGAGCGCCCGCGCCGCCGCCGCGCCCGUCGCGCUUCAUACACCACUAUUUAUUCA